AUGACAUAUCGUGAUGAAUACCUCAAAUGCCAGAAAAAAGGCAACUACUCUAACUUUUGGCAACUGUUCUUUGAAAAAUGGGAGGAGCAGUGGCCUCCAAGGGCUUCCCUGGAUCCAACUGUCCCUGUGGGUCAGGCGCUGACAGCAGAACAGUUGAAGCAGGAGGCUGAAAUCAGGGCAGCAGUUCAGACACAUUUGAUGGUCAAAUUGCGUAAUGACAAUGGUCAUUCAAAGGUUGCCUGCAAGGCAAAUGCUGCAGGGAAUUCAGUUGUCAACAAACUUCUCAAGAAUAUUGUCAAAGGCCCGACAACGACCCAAACACGUCCCCUUAAGGAAAGCGAAGUCUAUACCAAAAAAUAUUACGCAUCUCGAGUCCAGCCUUGCAGUGAGUCUGCUGAUGUGAAGGAGGAAAUAUCGCAACUUGCCAGAGAGAUGAGGGAAGCGAGACGUGAGGCAGUGAAGGGGAGAGAAUCAUCCGAGGCAACCAAUGAAAUAAUUGUACUGAGACUUACGGAAAUUCUAUCGAUGUUCUUCGGAGAGCUUCAUGAGGCUACAGGAUGGACUUUCAGUGUCCUGCUCGGUGGGCCUGACCCAUCCAAUGGAGGCACAAUUGAUGUCAGCAGCUUGCAUGUAGGAUCAACGAAGCUCGGUAAUCGCUUCAACCAGGUGUUCGCAAAGUUCAACGACAAUGUUAUGGUACCCUACUAUGAAUUUGUUUCUCAUGUUUUUUCUGAGGCUGGGAUUCUGAAAGAAACGGUUGCCCAGAGUCUUGAGGGUGAAGAUCUACUCCGCUUUUCCACCACUCCAGACGAUAUUCCCACAAUGGAGGAUUUCUCUACGACCAUACCAUCUGAUAUAUCAUGUCCCCCAUCCUUACAACUAGAAUUAACGCCAAUCAUCCCUUCUGCGCCACCUGAAGUGGAUUUCUUCAGCAACUUGCCUCCCACUCCUCAACAUAAUGAGACCAGCCAUGAAUCGAAAUUGCCCGUUCUCCCUAUGCCGGAGGGGUACAUUCCCUCCCCUCCUCCAUCUCUACCAUAUCUAGAGGGCGUGUUUCCCUCUACUUCUAUGUUUUUUAAUCUGAAUUCAAAUCUUGACUCUUUCGACAAUGCUUUUCGUGAGAUGCAGUCCCAGGAUGCCAUGGCGGAGAUGCUGUGUUCCCCUCCCCAUAUUCAUUAUCAGUUUGACCAUUCUUCCCCUGCUCAUAUUGGGUAUCAGUUCGACCACUCCAUCAGGUCCUCGUCACCCACGCUGACCGCUUCCUCUGCGCCUAUUAUAUCAAGCUCCACCACGCCAGCUACGAGUCCCUCUAGGACGGUAGUUACAACUCCCUUGGUAACACCUACUCUGACACCCGUUAUGUCAAGCUCCACCAUGCCAAACUCCACCAUACCAGCUAUCACCCCCUCCAGGACGAUGGCUACCAUGACGCCUAGCCAAACCACGCCAGCUACUUCUGCUACAACCAAUGUUGUCCUCACUCCCGGUCCGACCCUCUCACCAGCUCAUGCGCUACCACCGACUCCGCCGAUUUUCAAGCAAAGUUCUGGGAUGACGGGCUGA